UAGCUGGGGGGUGCGGCUACUGAUGAGAAAGAGGCUGCGGCUCCGGGAUCUGGAAUCCGUGAUCAAUGACAAAGGAGUUAUAGGGUAGGACGUUUGGCGGUGUAUAUGUACAUUAGGGCAUAGUAGUGCUAAUCACGGCUGUAAUCAUUCCACACACGUUCUAGCAGUAACCUAAGAGUGCAGCGGCGAGGAAGCUAGUGCAUAGUGAGCGGACGCUCUGGUUUACCCGCUUGUUGUAUAUACCGGUUUGGCAGGGAAAGUCCCUAGGGAUUCCCCUUGGUCUGUCCCUUCCUUUGUUGAAGACAUCGGGGUUAUGGUUUGUUUUUUUAGCUAGUCCGAGGCCAAUAUGGCGGCAGUGAUAACAGGAAGAGACCAGGCCUUGGUAGAGAGGCAUCUCCGCUCUGUGGCUCCCUCUUGGUUCGAGAUAGGAAUCAGACUCCACCUGUCGGUGUCAGUGUUGGAGACCAUAGACAUGGAGUAUGGCAGUGCGGAGGAGAAAUUGUCGGCUGUGGUGAGGGAAUGGCUGAGGGUGGCAGGGAGAGAGGCUAACUGGAAGCCACUGAUCCAAGUUCUCCGGUCCUCUGGUCACUCAACACUGGCCAGCAAGCUAGAGGCUCAGUACUCCUCUACCACUGCUACUGUACUUGACAGAGGAAAUGGCCAAUCUUCUAAACUUGGGCUCCAACGCUCUUCCUCUACUACUGCACCGGUCAAAGGAAAUGGUGGUAGACCAAAGUUGGCUCAGCUUGUUCCCAUCCCUCUGUCGUCAAGUCAGUGUAGAGAGUUGGCAGAACACCUCAAUUUUUCAGAGUCAGACGUAGUAAACAUAGAGAUAAAGAGCCAUGGGAACGAAAACAAGCUAAAGAGAGCUCUGUUCAAGGCCUGGCUGGACAGAGAAGAAGAGGCAUCGUGGAGUCAUGUGCUGGAGGCUCUUGAUAGAGUCAGCUCCUCUCUCAAGGAUAAGGUUAUGGACACUUACCUCGGAGAUCAGCAGUUGAGAUUGAAGUCUAGCACAACUGAGCAUGUCGUGGAUGAGAAGGACUCGCCGCAGUCCAGCGGACCUCGCCCAGUCACCAUGCCGCUCGCCACAACAACCAGAACAUCUCCCCUCCGUUCCUCCUCCUCCUCGUACCACUCUGCCAGUAACUACGACGAACCAGAGGAUCACAGUACGCUCCCUCCCUACCAUGCCAACGCCGAGCCACCGGUGCCCCGGACACUGGUCAAAACUGUCAGACGGAAGGAGACCCCCUCUUCCUUCUCCUCCUCCCAUGGCUCCUCACGCUCCUCCAAGGGAGGUUACAAUCCUCGAAACUCGUCUGAUGUCCCCGGCGAGUUGACCAGUCGACACCACCUUACCUCGUUACGAACCCCAACCACAGGGAGUCCGCGGUCGACUCUCGCUACAGCAGGGAGUGAAACUGCCACCAGCUCGGGUAGAGCCUCCCCCGAUGAGGCUCUGGUUCAGGAGUUCUUAGAGGGCGUGAAGGCAUGGAAGAUCGAGGCUGUGGAGCGAGUGUUGGUCCAGGAUAGAGGAGUCGAUGUCGAUAUGGUGGUCAAGGAAAAGGAUAGGAGGUCAGCUCUAAUGUUAGCAUCAGUUGCGGACCAUCCACCAAUGGUUAGGGUACUUCUAAAACACAAGGCCUCAACUCAAGCCAAGGAUAAAAACGGCUUCACGGCUCUAUAUUUAGCCUGCAGUCAUGGAAACUAUGAAAUUAUGAAGCUCCUUGUGGAGCACUUUGCUGACGUAAAUGCCAGAGCAAAUGAUGCCACUCCUAUGCUACUGGUUCCUGCUCAGAAGGGAUUCUCCAUGGUAACACAGUACCUGCUGGAGAAUGGAGCGAACCCCAACCUGGCUGACAAGGAUGGGAUCACACCGUUGAUGGCUGCCUCCAAGAAAGGCCAGAGGGAUGUGGUGAAAGUUCUGCUUGCCAAUGGAGCUGAUGUUACCAUUGUCAGCGUCAGGACUUCCCGCACUGCCCUGCAAGAGGCCAUUGACAAUGAUCACAAAGAAAUUGUGCCUUUGCUCAUAGAAGCAACAAAGAAAGCCAAGGAAAAGAAUCAGAAGCUGUUUACGUGUAAGUCAGCGGAGGAGGCAAGGGAGCUGGUUAAAGACAACGCCAAGGUGGACGAGAGGCGAGGCGACCAAGCUACACCUCUUAUUGUCCAGGUCCAAAGUGGGAACGAGGAAGUUGUGAAGGAACUGCUGGGUUUGGGAGCCAACAUCGACCUGCAAGAUGAUGAAGGAGAAUCGGCUCUAAUGAAGGCGUGUGCAGAGGGGAACUACAGUAUGGUGCAUAUCAUUGUCUCCCACAGAGCAAUUCUGGACCUCAAGAGCAAGGGAGGAGACACAGCAGUCGUGUAUGCAGUGAGAGGGAACCACAUGGCAAUAGUGAGAGAACUUCUCCUGUCUGGGGCUGACCCUACCAUCAGAAACAAAAAUGGGCAGACGGCCCUGGAGCUAGCUGAAGAGCUGGAGAGUAAGGUGAUGGUGGAAGAGAUAAAGAAACACACUGCCAUUGCCGACAGCAAAGACCCCUUCAUCAACCUGCUAUCAGGAUACCUGGAGAAAGUCACAAUGAAACCGACGACUGUCACAAAUGGUGGUAGUAAGGAGCCAAGUGUGUGUGGGUCAGAUAGCUCCCACCAGAAGUCAGCCGAGGGGCCGGAGGAUGAGGAGAGCCCCCUCACAGACCAGCUGAACAAGGCCUGGAAGAGGAUUGCUGACCUGGAGACCAGAGUUCACGACCUCACCCUCCAGAGCACAAUUGAGAUAACAGAUGACACAGACCUGAGUUUCUACGACAAGAAGAGACUGGAGGCAGAGUACAGGAAACUGAAGGAGCUGAAACACAAGGCAGAGCAGUAUGCAGUGGAGGCCAAGCAGACGGCUCAGCGUCUCAGUGCAGAGAAUUUCAAGUUGAAGGAGGACCUGAGUCGGGAACAGCACUUUAAUGAACUGGAGAGGAAGAACUUUCUGCGGGACAUGGAGGCAAAGAUGGGGCAGAGGAGGGGGGAGGAGGAGAGGGAGGAGGCCAAGAAGGAAGUGGUGCAGCAGACCAUCCACGCAAGGGCUCAGCAACUGGCUACCACCAUGAUUGCCUCACACUCGGAGUUGAACGUGGAAAUUAACUACGAAAUGAUAAAAGAUCUGAUACUGAACCAGACGGUCAGAGCUAAUCUAGCGCUCUUCAUUGUCGCCGGUCUUCCAUUCAGUGGGAAGUCCACAGUCCUCAAGAAACUGCUCAAUUCAAGUGCCCAGACCAGUACACAGGAGAUGCAUGGUCUAACAGAGCUGGAGGCUGCCAUUCUCCGCCACGAGGUCCGCAACAUCUCGCUUUGGAGUGUCUUCCAGCACCAGCAGCUCCUCCUGGUCACCAUAUCUCUCCUCAAACUGGCCUUCCAGAAAAACGCCUUUCCCAAGUUCCCUGCCUCACCCGCAGCAAGUUCAAAGGUUUUUGGAGAACCUGAUAUCGACAGGUGUUUCUCCAAAAUCUUCCGGGACUUGCCGGUGGACAUGAUGAAUAACGAGGAAACUCGUUGGAUGCUGACAACAGGAGACGUCUCAUUUGUCACCGCCUGGGACAUUGGGAUGAACAAAGCCGUGUUCGAUGUCAUGGUAAUGAUUGCUCCGGACUGCGACAGCGCUGUUUUGCUUGACUUCUUCAGCCUCAAUCUCGACGCAGACACCAUCGACGAAAUUCCAAAUCUCGGAGACAAGUGUUACAAGGGUCGAUACAACAGCAGCAGAAACGACGCGGAGCAGUUGCUGCGUCUGCGCACGAAACUAGAGUAUCUCUACUACCCCAUGUUUGUCCUCGCCAACCGCCCCUGCGUUCUCGUCGCCACUCACGACGGUCUCCCUGAGGUUCGUGUGAGGGAGAAAAGCGAGCACGUUCUCCGGAAAAUCGAAAUGCAGUUCCUCUCACGAGAUUGUUCGCACUUGCCUCUACCUCAUCUGCUCCCAGUUAAGUACGAGAAGAAGGAAGACAUAUGGGCUCUACGGAGUAUCCUGGAGAAAACGAUCUCUACUAGUCCUCCGUUCUACGUCCAACUGCCGAUGAAGUGGGUAUUCCUGCGCACGUAUCUCGGGUACACCAGGAAGAUGUACAUCCCGCUUCCAGAGCUGAAGGCAGUUGCAAAGCAUCUCCACAUCACGAACGGGGAGGUCAUGGACUUCCUCAAACAGUUUGCAAAGUGCGGGAGCGUCAUUCAUGUCAUGGGCCUGUGUCCGGAGUGCUCUGACGAGUUUGUCAUUCUCCGAGUUGCCGAAUUCCUCAAGGAUGUCGAGAAGCUCUACUACAUCCAAGAGAAUACUGACAUCAGGGUUGAGCUAAGGGAGAGAGCAAGGUUGGGGUACAUUUCCAGGGAGCUUGCUGAUGAGCUGUGGGUGAAAUCUUCAUCCCACCCACCCCAGAGGAGUGGAUUCUUCAUCCAUGCCCUGCGCAGAAUGGGUAUUCUCACGGCUCUGAAACAGAGGCCCGGGGAGAAAGCGCCGCAAGAGGAAUACUUCAUGCCAAGAAUGAGACCAAAAGCCUGUAAUGAUCCACCAGUACAGAGCAGUCUGUUCCUGACCCAUGGCACAGUGUUCCCUUUUCCACUCCAAUCUGAAUUCCUCACUCAUUUUAACGAAGUUCUUGACAGUCAUUUCCUGUUUGACCCAAGGGAGUGUCUCAACACGCUUCACUUCAAGACACUUGAAGGCGACCGGGAUCUCACCUUCCGAUUCAUGAACAGCUACAUGGAAGUCCAUGGCACUGGAUUCAGCAUGAAGCUUCGCGGAAUCAUCAAGACGGCCUGCAUAGAAGUGAUGGCGGCAAUAAAGCGCCAGCGACCAAAGCUAAACCUCAAAUACUCCCUUGCUGCUCUGUGUCCCAACUGGAGCCAGGGGGAUGAAAAGCCACAUUUUGCCAAGUUUCGCGUUCAGGAGGACGUGGAUGAUAUUUUCUGUUACCGCUGCCUCAGUAUGGUGAAGGUCGGUGAGGAGAGCAAGGAGUGGAUAAAGGCUACUUACUCUGGACCGAAGAGUCCAGUGCAGAGUGAGGCAGAUACUAUACCCAAGUCAGAGCUGCUGAGAAUGGCCGAGACCCUCUCGACUCUCAACUUCGAAGACCUGGUGGUCCUCUCCAAAUUGCUGGGUUUCACUGAGCUGCAGGUGAGGGAGAGACUGAGGCACACUUCACGGGGCAAGCUGACUCUGGAGUUGCUGCUGGAGUUCUCGGACAGGACAACCUGCCAUGUCCGCAGGAGACUGGGGCAGGUCCUCCUGAACAAUGGCCACUGGAGGGAGGCUCUCAAGAUAUACCCUCAA